CGGAAGCUCCACCUUCUUCCGCGCUAAUAAAUUGUGUUUACAAACUCUCAUUUCGCCAGAAGUUUCUCUCAAACGCAGAAGUCAAGACCCUUCAAAAUGAAAGGCUAUAUUUUCAUCACAGUCCUGGCGUUCACCUUCCUCCAAAGAUCCACAGCUUCGUUGGACGUAAAAGGUCCAACUGAGCCGAUUUUGGAAGGUCAAGAUGUGACAUUGGAGUGCGUGGAUACAGAAUCCGAGCUGAACAUGAGCACGGUGCACUUUGAGAGGUUCUCCAAGUACAUGAAGAAGUGGUACCGGUUGGAGUCAGAUCAGGCGUAUUUCUACCGUCGGUGUUUUCUGUAUGACGUGGAUGUGAGAAGGGAGGAAGGCAGACUGCAGCUUUUGAUCCCCAGCAUCCAGUCCUGGUCUGAGGGUCCAUACCGCUGUGUCACUGAGGACAGUUCAGCAGCAGACAACUCCUCCCAACCCUUCACCAUCCCCAUACACUAUAUGCGGGAGGUGGCUGUGCACAGGGCUGGUUUGGGAUACUUAACACGUUAUUUCAACUCGGUGCAGGACCUCAAAGUGCGCUUAGGAGAUGAUGUGGAGCUGGAAUGUUCUACUUCAGCUUCUGAGGCACCUGAGUACUUCUGGGCUAAAGAGGGAGAGGUCUGGCUUCUGCCCUCCAAUAAACUGAAGUUGAAGAAAGUGAGAGAGCAGGAUGGAGGAAGAUUCACCUGUUCAGCUCAGUCUCCUACUGUGCGUUCCCUCAUGAAGAAACGUACAAUCAGCAUCACUGUUCUACCAGAGGAUGCAGCGUGGUACGAGACAACCUCCGGUCGCAUCGUUCUCACGAUAUGUGGAGCAGGAUUGGUCCUUUUGGUGGUUGUGAUAUCCAUGACCACUUACCUCUGCCGCCGAGCCAGACAGAGGAAGAGCAAGGGCCCCAUUGAUGACCGCUCCCAGAAGAAACCCAUCUACACAGCCAGCGUGGAGUCCCUGCCCUCCUCCGCCUCUGACAAGCAGCCGCUGGUGUAAAGAAUGAGAUUGAUGGAGGACUGGAGAGGAGAGGAGAGAAAAGAAAAGAAAAAAAAGAUUAGGGAGUAUUGGUUAUUCACAGUGGAAGAGAGUUAAUGAGAGUUUUGCUCAUGGAUUUUGUUAUGCUCUUGGGUCUUCAUUCAGAUAUAUAAUUAGGAGACUGUCUAUGCGGGGAAUCGAAAAAGUAUACAAAGACGGGACAAAUGAUGGUUUUACUGUGUGUCCUUUCCAGUGUAGAUGGCAGCAGCGCUCUUCAACAAAAGGUGUGCAAUUUUCUCUGUAUUGAUUCAACAAGCCUGCAAAAUUGAGAAAUGCUGAAAAGAUGUUUUUGUGCGGUGACAUUGAACGCUUCUUUCUUCCCACCAGCCUUAGGUUGGCUUAUUUCUUCAAACUGAUUAACAUUUCUUUUUAGGAAAACUACCAUCUGCAAGCUGUACGAUCAUUUAGUCAGAUGUAGAAAUUUUAGGGGUAUUGCUUUACAUAAGUAUAUAAUGUUCUGCUUCACUUGAAAGGAUAGUAGAUAAGAUCCAAACUAACACUGAACCAAUUACUCUAGAAGCACUUUGAAACUGUAACAUUUUUUUUACACAAGUUUGAUUUUUCCAUAUCUUUGAAUUUAAAGCUAUUAAUAUAAUUUUACAACAUAA